CCUUAGCGUCACCUUUUCUCUGAAAAUUUUAAGACAAAUAGUUGCGGAUUGAUACUAGCUUUUGCAGUUAAUUUUAGAAACACCUGUGUGUGUGAACGGGUCGCGGAUUUACACGUACGUGUAUUAUGUGCAUGUAUAUACGUACAAUGCAUUGCAGUUUACAUUGAAAACUACGUGUGCGUAGAGCCAUUUGAAGAACGCAUUGCUUGUGUGUGGACGCCAGGUAAUUGGUGAAAAUUCUCCCUAAAAGAAACCAACCAACAAUCUCAACAUGGCAGCCGAAGGAGGCUCAAAAGUCAUCAAGUACUUGAUGUUCUUCUUCAAUUUUAUCUUUUUUGUGUGUGGUUUAGUAGUCAUUAUCGGUGGAGCAUUGGUACUGACUCAGUACAGUGAGUAUGUGGACUUCACAGGAAGCAUGGGAAACGCUAUUCCCAUUGUACUCAUCAUCAUCGGUGUGUUCAUCCUUAUGACAGGAUUCUUGGGCUGCUGUGGAGCCAUCAAGGAAAACUACUGCAUGAUCUGUACUUAUGCCUUCAUCAUUGUGGUAAUCCUACUGUUGGAGCUUGGAGGCGGUAUUGCUGGCUACGUUCUCCGGGAUGACAUUGAAGACGCUGUGCGCAAGAACAUGGAAGAUCUCAUGCCCAAGUAUAUCAGCAAUAAUAACACAAAGAACGUCUUUGACAAAAUGCAAGAAGAACUCAAGUGCUGUGGAACCAACAACUACACCGACUGGGCAUCUAUUCUAUCGACUGGAAAUGUCCCUGAUUCCUGCUGCAAAACAGAAACCGCUGGUUGCGGCACAGCAUUUAAAACCGCUGACAUCAACACAGAGGGCUGUGUGGACCUUUUGAACAAACUUCUGGUUGACAACAUUGUCCUCAUUGCUGGAAUUGCUGUCGCAGUCGCUGUUAUUCAGAUCUUUGGCGUUGUGUGUUCGUGCUGUCUCAUGAGGGCAAUCAAGAGUGAAUACGAGGUCGUCUAAAGAUGAUAACCGCCUCUUGAGAUGAAUCUAUCGAGCUAAUACAAUUACAUGCAGUAAAUGAUAAUCCACUGUAAGCACCCGUCGAUUUCACCAAACUCUUCCUAACUUGGGAAUAAUCCAAGGACAUAGGACGAGUUAAGUUCCGUAUCCAUAU